GUCGGAGAGCCUCAGUUUACUAGUGGCGGUGGUUGAGACAGGGUGUUGCGUCUCCUCUCCCUUCGGUCUGACUGGUGGCAUCGCUCGCCUCGCUGAGUGCGCUGACUCGUUUUACCCUCUCGUGAACACUUCUUAUUGCACGUUUAUGGGUGUGCACCAGGUAUGGAGAGCGGGAGGACAGCAGGCGAGGGCCGCGAGGGACGUGGCCUGGUGGCGGGAGUGAGAGCAGCCCUCAGAGGCAAACCUAAGGCUGCCCCCAAGCCUCGGUGUGACGGACCCGACCUUGACGAGGCCCAUUGCCACACACCCUUACCACCCUCUGCUUCCGCCGCCAGGAGCCAAAGGUCCCCUCGGUCGCCCAUUCUUGGCUGGAGGAAGUUGAAGCACAAAGAAAGCCAUAAAGGAAAGGAAUGUGCGAGAAUAGAGGAGGCGAGGGUAUCUGACAGAAACGGUCAGUGUUCCCGCUCACAGGCACUCAGACUCAGCCACCACAGCACAGCAAACUACACCAACUACACCCUGAGCUCCGGUCUGGGGCGGGUCGCGUCCUCGGAGCAGACAAAUAGUUGUUUCAACAGAAAUAUAGAAAAUCACAUUCGGCCUCGAGAAAUGUCUCCUUCAUGGCAGGUCUCCAAAGAUAACAUGUCGAAAAAGCUGGACGAAGAUGAUAGUGAAUCCUGCCGUCCGGAGAACCUAAUGGAGAAAUGUGUGAAUGGUGGCGCAGUGUGCAAGGCGCCGGAAGGCAGUGACAGUGCCAAGGCGACACCAGGUAGUGACAUGUGCGGUGGCCAUAAAGGGACGGUGGUGAGUCACGUGCGGGAGUGGGCGGGCGUGGAGGGAGAGGGAGAAUAUGACGGGGAAUUGUGUAUAAAUGAAAAGAACGAUGGAGAUGUAAUAGAGACGCUAUUAACUGACGAUGCAUUCCAAGACAACAGGCGUCUGGAGGAGGCGCGGAGGACCCGGGAGCGAGAGCCAUGGCUGCGCUCCGCUCUGGCCUACAGUCUGAGGGUGCCACAGUGCCCCAGGAACGAGGUGGUUGUGCUUGCCCUCGGGGUGGACCAGUACGUGGAGGAAGUAUUUCGAUUCCUGGACCAAGCUGGAUCAGGGAAGGUCGGGGUGGAGGAUUUUCACGCCUUGUGUCGAGUCUUGGGCUUGGAGGACGAGGGAGUGAAGAACGAGGGACAAAAAUGCCGAUGCUUGGGCUCGACCUUGACGUUGCUCGGUUCUCUGAACGACUCUGCCGCCAGUGACACGGUGGCGGAGGCUCCCUGUGCCGCUCACCUCAGCUUCAGGGAGUUCCGGGAGAGGCUGUGUGAAGUGUUCAUACGCAACGCUGAUGCUCACAGUCUGCUGUCCCUUGGGGCUCGCAGACCCAUCAAUGCUCCCCUUGUAAACUCGGUGGUCAGCGUCCAGCGUCGGUAUGAAGUACUGGAGGCCAUCUCACGCAAGUUGGCUGAGGUGACGGCGCGCCUUAAGUGUGAAGAGGAGAGGCUAAAAGAUGAAAGCAGCGAACCGGUGUGUGGCAAAUGUCAACAAAUGAUUCAUGUCGACAGCAACUCAAACAUCUCGCCGCGUCCUCGGCAUGUUGAAGUCUCAUUCCUCCAGUGGCAAGUUCUUCUUCAGCAACAGGAAUUACAGUGUCUGCGGGAGGUGAUUGAUGACCUGCGUGUUGCCCUACAGAGCUCAGAUGCAGAGAACCUUGCGUUGCAGGUGCAGGCCCUGAAGCUUGCCCGCUGGCGGCAGGGAGUGUCCCUCCAAGACUUAUCGUUGACUGACGAAGAGGACACCAUCGACAACCUGCUACAGCAACUGGCAGAUUUGGGUUCUCAGUCCAUGCUUGCUGCCCCUCCAUCACAGCCUCAAAAGACGAAGGAAAAACCUGCUCCCUCUCCAGACACUGAGCGAUCAACAGCUCCCAAGCGUGACCCGCCUGGCAAAACCUUCCCGUCAGGUGACACCUCCCUGGAGGAUGAACUGCAGGCCACUUAUGAGGCACUGCAGACAGCGAGGGAGCAGCAAGAGGCCACGCAGGCUGACCUACAGCAGACUGUGAGUCAGCUUCAGCAGCGAGAAGCUGAGCUUAAGAAAGUAGAGAGCAGCCUCGAAACAGCUCAGUCUGCCCUGGGUCAAGCACACGCUGACAAUCUUAACCUGGUGACGGAGAUGGCGGAGGCACGCACCAGCCUGCAGGACAGUCACUCCAGGUUGGCUGAGGCGCUGAACGAGCUGCAGCAGGCCAAAGACAUCAUAAUGCAGAAGGAAAAGCACCUGGAGGAGACGCAACUCCGGCUGGACCAACUUAAGGAUUCCAACGGCAAAAACCCACACCACCACACACUCCCUUGUCUUCAAUCAAGCAGGCACGCUCCUCCAGGCCUCGGUCAACACUCGCCUCCUCCGGUCAGAGAUCGAGUGGUGGCGCGCGUGGGGACAGCCCGAGAGCUGGUGGCGGGCAGCCUGGGCCAGGUGCGGGCCGGGGAACACGCCCUGGUCGCCCUCGCCGCCCACACCGCCCGCACCAGGCUGGAGGACGCGCGGCGGGCUGACAGCGGCCUGUACAGCGAGGACAGCGAGCGGGACGAGGACACCUGCCAGGACCGGUCUUCGGAGCACGCGUCAGCUUCUGAGGAAGAUUUGUGGUCCUUACGGGGAAGUGACAGCUGCCCUAAGUCCCAGUCUGAUCCUGCAGCACCCACAGCACUGUCACCGCCUUGGAUUUCUACUGAGAGAAACAGCUGCAACAACAGCAGUAACAGCAGCGAUGACGGCUAUAAAACAGAAGCAGGCGAGCUCUCCCACGCCAGCCCCCGCUUCACCGACCCCACGCUCACCUCCAACUGCACCUCCACCGAAAUCAUCGAGGGGCUGGAGCGGGAGCUGGAGUGGCUGCAGCACACCCUCGAGGAGGCAGAGAAGGAAUGUGAAGAGGAAUCAUCACAGCAAGCCAAAGAGGAGCUCAUGGCAAAGGAGACUCAGCCGACAGGGGAGUUGAAAGUAUUACAUGUGGAGGAAAGCGACAGGGCGCGACUCUCUCAUCUCGAGGAACAACUCAAGCAGUUGCUGGAGGCGCUCAUAUCCGUAGCGGAUAUGAAUCUGUCUCGGCGGACCCUGGGCAGGCUGGUGCUGGAAGCCGUGCAAGACGCCUCGGGCCCGGAGGCAAGCACGGCGAGGCCAGGCGCUGAAGACGAGGUCCCUCCAAUAUCCCUUCUGACCAGACUGCUGGCCUCGCUGCCCCUUCACUCCCCGCCCAAGCAGCGGGAAGAGACCACCGAAUGGCUAUUCCACAGCGCCCUUCGAGGACUGGCUCACCCUGCCGAGGCGAGGGAGCGGGUCGAGGCAACCAUGGGAUAAUUAAGGACUAACGUGACAAGCUGAACCGUGACCUUAUGGCAGACCAGUAAAUGAGAGGUACUCUAUGAGGUCACGACACAAUGGGGCAACACACUCCUCGUUGACCUUCCCACAGUGGCUGGGGUGAGGGCACACAGGUGAGCCACGCACACCACCACCAUCGCAACGCAGCCUGUGUCCCUGAUCCCGGCCUUCCUCUGCCAGGUGGGGAAGUUCUCCGCGGGAACAGACGCAGCUAAAUUGUCUCCACCUGCGCCUCCCUUAGUGCGAACUAAACUCGACGGCGGAACAAGACUGCGACAGUGGAAACGAAAUAACAACAACUGAGGUGUUAAGAAUAUACAUUUGUACAGUUAAGAGGAAUAUAUGAAUGAAUAUUUAUUAAUUGAAUAAGGAAUGACGACUGAAAUAUCGUAAAUACAAGAACAAAUCUACAAACUACAUAUAAGUUUGCAAUAACGAUACUUUGCUGAACUAAUCAACAAAUCUGUCACUGAGUGGUGUACAUGCAUUUAUCAAUCAUGAACCAUCGCAACACUGAAAACUGCACAGCUCAUCAGUCCCUGUCAGCUCGGCGUGCUGCCACAGUGAGGCCGAGGAGUUCCCACAAGUACCGUCACACGUGUUGUGGCGAAGCGCGCGGCGUGGCGGUGAGGGAGGCACGAGGAAGCCUGGCCGCUCUGCUCACUAUAUUGACGAUAGUGAUCAAGGAGGAGUGGGCGCCAGGCAUUACAAACGCCUUCUUGGUCUCCAGUCUUCGUGUCGCCGCGGAGGAGUCAGCUUCACCACACAAAGGAAUAACAAACAACAGACCUACUGGCUCUUACGAACCUAAAUGUGACAAACCCUACAUUCUAUAACACAAGACAACGAGUCGUGAGUCGGUAAAGGCAAAGUUUCUCUCCACCACCAGUAACAAUACAUCAGAAUCAGCACCAACAACAGAAAAUAUCGCAGAAAAAUCUAGUGAAAGGUGUCACAGUAAGGGCAACACAUGUCAUUGAGAGCCUUUGCAAAGGCUAAUCCCACGAACAUUACUGGACUGGACAAAGGCACAACCCGAUUAUAAGGAAGGAUAAGGACGCACUCUGCCGGGACACAGCCAACGCGAAAUCAAAUGUUUGCCUGAAAAUCUGAAUAGUGUUUAAAAAAUGCAUAUUAAGCGCUUUAUUUUUAACACAAGACUUCUCCUUCUUUAGUUCCUCCUUUAAUAGCUUUGAUAGUCUCUUGUUUCCUAGUCUCCUGAUGUUUUGUUGUAGAUAUGUAAAAUAAAGUACUUGAUUAAUGAUA